AUGACCGCCCACAAGCUUCGUCCCAGUCAGCCCCUCCACUCGAAAAGCCCCUGCGGCGGUAUGCCGUCGAGGUUCAGAAGUACGGUACCUUCAGAACAAUUCCCCGCUGAAAAGGACCGAUAUGUGCUAUAUGUCAAUGCGGUCUGUCCCUGGGCUCAUCGAGCGGUGAUCGUACGAGCUUUGAAAGGCCUGGAAGACAUCAUAGAUGUGAUUGAGAUUGACGCAAGAGAUCCAAUACACGGUUGGUUCUUCUCUGGCCGUCGCGGCCCCAAAUGCGACCCAGUCCACGGGUUCCGAUGGCUAAAGGAGUUCUACUUAAUAGCAGAUCCGACCUACACAGGCCGGAUCACUAUUCCCGUGCUAUGGGAUAAGCAGCAAGGAACCAUCGUGAACAACGAAAGCGCAGACAUUAUACGUAUGCUAAUCAGCGGCUUUGACAAUCUCUUACCACCUGAGAACCGCGAAGUUAACAAAGGCUCUGCCGCUCUUGUACCCGAGCACCUGUCCGCUGAUAUCGAUGAGCUCAAUUCCUGGGUGUUCGACACCGUGAACAACGGCGUAUACAAGAUCGGUUUCGCUACAUCACAAACCGCAUACGACGAGCACAUUACCAAACUCUUCCAUUCGCUCGAUCGACUCGAGGAACACCUCUCCGAGCCCGGGCAUCAUCCAUAUCUGUUUGGACAGCACAUCACCGAAGCCGACAUCCGCCUCUACACUACCCUCAUCCGAUUCGAUAUCGCGUACUAUGCACUGUUCAAAUGCAACAUCAAGAUGAUUCGGUUGGACUACCCACGCCUGCAUGCAUGGCUCAGGUGUCUUUACUGGAACGAUGGCCCAGAGACGGCAGGUGGGGCGUUCAAGAACAGCACUCAUUUUGACAUUAUCAAACGAGGAUAUGCGUCAGUGACGGUGGGUAACGGCAUCGUACCCGCCGGACCUUUACCGCACAUCAUGCCUCUAUAA